UUUUUAUCGUUAUUCUAUAUUCUACAGAUAAACACACACCUCAUUUCAUUCAUCCUCUGAAAUUGAAACAAUAACGAGCACAGAUUUCAUGGAGAAUUCUCCUCCUUCACGUUGAAACUCAUCAUCUCCCUCCUUCAAAUCAAUCUCUCAACAUUUGGUUACGGCUAAGGUAAUUUGCGAUUGAUAUACGUGGUGAAGAUGCCGACGACGAGUCAUGCAGGUUCUUCUUCUUCUUCUCGAAGAAGCCGAAGCAUGGCGUUAACAUCUUCGUCCUCGCAUAAGAAAACGCUUCCUCCAAACGGACUACCCGAUCAUCAUCGUAGAUCUUUUAGCUCUGCUCGUUUCAUGGGAUUAACAGGCGAGCGUACAGUGAAGCGUUUACGUCUCUCAAAGGCAAUAACCGCACCUGAAACCACAAGCAUUUACGAAGCAUGCAGACGAAUGGCUGCUAAAAAAGUUGACGCUCUUUUGGUAACGGAUUCAAGAUCUUUACUUUGUGGGAUACUGACAGACAAGGACAUUGCAACAAAAGUUAUUGCUCGUGAACUUGAUUUCGAGAGCACACCCGUGUCAAAAGUAAUGACAAGAAACCCGGUUUUUGUACUCGCUGAUACUCUUGCAGUCGAAGCCCUUCAAAAGAUGGUCCAAGGAAAAUUUAGACAUUUGCCGGUUGUAGAACAUGGACAAGUUAUUGCUUUACUCGACAUAGAAAAAUGUUUAUACGAUGCAAUCGCGCGUAUGGAACGAGCUGCUGAAAAAGGGAAAGCCAUUGCAGCUGCCGUUGAGGGUGUUGAAAGGCAUUGGGGAUCUUCUGUUUCAGGCUCCAACACGUUUGUGGAAUCACUUCGCGAGAGGAUGUUUAGGCCAUCGUUAUCCACCAUACUCUCCGAGAAUCCAAAGGUUGUCACAGUUUCGCCAUUGGACACAGUGGUAGCCGCAACAAAAAAGAUGCUCGAGGGUCACACGAGCUCUGCUGUCGCAACUGUUGAUAAUAAGCCCGUUGGCAUUUUAACAUCAAAUGAUAUCUUAAUGAGAGUGAUAGCACAAGAUCUUCGCCCUGAAUUGAUCUUAGUUGAGAAGGUGAUGACUCAAAAUCCAGAAUGUGCUACACUUGAUACACCUAUCCUCAAUGCCCUGCAUAAUAUGCAUGAUGGAAAGUAUUUACAUCUUCCGGUUGUUGAUAAAGAGGGAGCUAUUGUUGCCAUUGUUGAUGUUCUUCACAUAACUCAUGCCGCAGUAACCACGGUGGGAAAUACAGCUGGUAUAGAUAACGAAGCCGCAAGUUCAAUGAUGCAGAAAUUUUGGGAUUCGGCAAUGGCAACAAGUCCUGUAGCCGAAGAUGAUGAUACGAGGAGUGAAAAUUCCUUCAGAUUCAUUAACGACGCAGAAACAAUAAAAUCGCUUCCUUAUCCUUCGUCAUCACUACCUUAUACAUUCCCUUUCAAAAUCCAAGAUAAAAAGGGCCUGAUGCAUAGAUUUAUUUGCGAUACUCGAAGUUUGGCAGAUCUUAUAACCGCAAUACUUCAAAGAGUAGGAGGUGAAAUCAACCGCAAAAACCUCCCACAGAUUCUGUAUGAAGACGAAGACCAUGACAACGUUGUAAUUGCGACAGACAGUGAUCUUUCUGCAGCUGUCGAGUACGCAAGAUUAUCUGGGUGGAAGGGCUUAAAGUUGCAUCUAGAUUAUUCUGGAGUACCUAAACGCCGAAAAGGGUCAUCAACUGGAUCAGGUGGUCUGGACUACGGUCAAAGAGACGCGUGGACCACUGCAUACAGCACGGUUGCAGCCGGGGCCGCAUUAGUAGCCGGUUUAGGCAUGGUAGCUUUCUUGAGAAGGGGUGGUGGUAAUUGAAAACAUUAUUUGGAUGUAAAGAUAUAGUUUUGUGAAUGUAAAAAAAUAUAUUUAUGGUUUCAUUUUUCAAUACUUUUGGAUUUUAUGAUU